UGCAGCGGGGCGGAGCUGAACAGGAUUUAAUGCUGGGACGGGGACUGGGUCUGGGCGGCUUGAAGCGGGUGGCUGUGACAGCAACAACGGGAGAGAGGUGGGGGUACGGAGGUGGCAUGGCUUCGUCACAAGGCAAGUACGAUGUGAGGUUUUCCGACUGGAUGGCAGCUCUGCCCAGCAGCAUCCACCGCAUUCCACUCACCAACCUAGCCAUCCCUGGUUCUCAUGACUCAUUUAGCUUUUACAUCGAUGAAGCUUCUCCAGUUGGUCCUGAACAGCCAGAGACGGUCCAGAAUUUUGUGUCUGUUUUUGGGACUGUGGCUAAAAAGCUGAUGAGGAAGUGGCUGGCUACACAGACCAUGAACUUCACCAGCCAGCUGGGGGCAGGUAUACGGUAUUUUGAUCUUAGAAUUUCUACCAAGCCCAGAGAUCCAGACAAUGAGCUCUACUUUGCUCAUGGUUUAUUCAGUGCCAAAGUCAAGGAGGGUCUGGAAGAGAUCAAUGCGUUUCUUGCUGACCACCCAAAAGAAGUGGUCUUUCUGGAUUUCAAUCACUUCUACGGGAUGCAGAAAUACCAUCACGAAAAGCUUGUCCAAAUGCUCAAAGACACAUACGGAAACAAAAUGUGUCCUGCUAUAUUUGCCCAUGAAGUAAGUCUCCAAUACCUGUGGGAAAAGGAACACCAAGUGCUGGUGUUCUACCACAGUCCAGUGGCUCUUGAGGUAGCAUUUCUUUGGCCAGGCCAGAUGAUGCCAGCUCCCUGGGCAAACACAACAGAUCCAGAAAAGCUGAUUCAAUUCCUCCAGGCAUCAGUCACUGAAAGAAGAAAGAAAGGUUCCUUCUUUAUAUCUCAAGUAGUGCUGACACCAAAGGCUAGUACAGUGGUGAAAGGGGUUACUAGUGGUCUCAGAGAAACAAUCACAGAAAGGUAAGUUUCUUUCAGGUAACAUGCUGC